UCGACGGCGGGGACUGGCACGAUUUUUGUAAUAUGUUUCAAACAUGCUUGUGGAAUGUUGCAAAUUGCUAGGUAUGAAAAAGAAAUAAAUAUACACAUUUGGAUUUUUUAAACAUCUUACUUAAUAUUUCUGAAGAAUUGAUCUACAGAAGAGAGUGAUGGGCAAAUAUAGAAAAAGAGAGAGAGCAAGUGGGUUGAAGAAAAGAAGAGAGAGAAAUAUAAUUAGGAUAAUGGAAUUUUUUAUAGUUACCGUAUAAGGCUAGCAAUGGAGAUCGAUAAUCGACAAAAGAUUAAGCAGAGUUGUCGAUUUAUAAACCAGCGAAUCACGAUCCACAAGGGCAUUCUUUUCGCCAUUGAUAUUCAUCGGAAAACCUUAAAUUUUUGUGAGUUCAUUUUCUCCGCGUUUAAAUUUACAUUAUCUUUCUCGGCAAUACUCGGUGUGAUAUGUUUGAGCUUCAAUAUGUUUCAAGUUUUUCAGGUUGUUACAUUCGGUGGUAAGCUCGAGGAGUUCUUCUUGCAUUUAGCGUACAUAAUUCCCAUUCUUGCAUACAUGUUCGUUUUUAAUUACUUAGGUCAAGAAGUUACAGAUGACAAUGACAAUGUAUUUCUCAGCACGUAAGCAAUAUUGUAUAAUCGUGCUCGUGAUAUAUGAGACGCCGUUCUAUAAAUUUAAGAUGAAAUUAAAUUAUGAAGAAAAUAUUUUAUACAAAUCUUAGUAAAUUUUUUUAUCUUUCUUAAUCAUGAAUUCAUAGUUCAAUACUUCUUUCGUAGGUACAAUGUUUGUUGGUACACAGCACCACUCAAUAUACAAAAAUUGAUAUUAUUGCUGUUGCAAAGAGGCAGUAAACCGUACACUUUGUCUGCUGCUGGAUUGUUUGUUGCAUCUUUAGAGUUUUUUGCCAAAGUAAAGAGCACAGCAUGUAUACUUUAACGUGGAAUAUUUUAAAAUAUAAACAAAAAUAAAUUCUUUUGUUACAGUUGACAAAUACAUCGUUAUCUUACUUUACUGUCAUGUAUA